AUGACUAACAUGAACGAUACAAAUAAUCAAAUUGCUCUCGCAGCCCAUCAAAAUGACUUCGGAACACAGCAACGGUCACUUGAAAAACAGCAGAGACUGCUCGCAGCGCAGCAGAUGGAACUCGGACCACGACUGGAAAGAUCCGGUAUGAAGGCAGCUUUUGAUAUGUACGAAGCUGCAACAGAAAUGAGAGAAACGGAAUUUGAAAGACCGGAAAUCACGAUCGCGAUGAGCAAUGUUCAUAUGACGGUGAACGGAGUUCCGUGCACGUUCAGGUUAAUUCAUACAGUAGGCCCAAACUGAGAACACUUCAUUCCAGUGGAAUCGUGUCAGUCAACGUCAACAAAACGUCGGGUGUGCAUUCGUCUGCCGGCUCUCCUCCCAACUCGUCCGCAAACUGCUUCAACGAAUCCAGGAACUCUUUCUGCUAA